AUGCAAAACUGGGUGCCUCGAGGAUCUGCCAUAGGGUCGACCUGGUGGCACCUCUCAUGGAUCGUUGCAGUCUGCAUCAAUCAUAAAGAUGAAGUGGAGAGGAGUGAGCAGGUGAAGCAAAUGAGAGAGAUCUAUGCUAAGGCUAACCGGACCGUUGCUUAG